AUGGCAAAAUUAAAUGUUUUGUUCUUCACAACUGGUAGAGGAGCCGAUCAAAGCACCAAAGGACAGGAUAUCAAAGGAAGUACUAGACUAGGAGCUAUUGUGGAUUCAAGUUCUCGUAUUGGCAAAGAAGAAAUGGUAGCAAUGGAAGUUGCAAAGGAGCAUUUUUAUGGCUUCGGCAUGCAAACUUUUUUGCAUAUAAACGAGUCUCAAAAGGACACCAUCCGUGCAGCUCUUGCAGCAAAGGAUCUUAUCAACAUACAACAAGUACAAGUCAUCAUAGGACCACAGAAGUGGGAAGAGGUGUCAUUAGUUGCGGAGAUCGCCAAAGAAACACUGGUUCCAAUUCUUUCUUUUGCUGACACAGCUCCAGAAUGGGCAAGUGAACGAUGGCCUUCUCUAGUUCAAGCUUCACCUAAUAAGCAUGCACAAAUGAAAGCUAUAGCUGCUAUUGUGCAAUCAUGGAAUUGGCAUCAGGUCACUGUGAUAUAUGAAGAUACAGAUUCUUUAGCAAGUGGAGUCAUACCACAUCUCCACGACGCCCUUAGAGAAGUUAAUUCAGAAGUAAGCCAAUUUGUAUCCCUCUCUCCUUUUGCUUCGUCUGAUUCCCUGUCCAAAGAGCUUGAAAAUAUUAAAAGCAAGCAGUGUAGAGUCUUUGUUGUUCACUUGUCAUUCGAAUUGGCUGUGCGGCUAUUUGAAAGCGCAAAGAAACUGGAAAUGAUGAAAAAGGAUUAUGUAUGGAUCACAACAGAUCCCAUUACAAGCCUCAUCCAUUCCAUAAAUGCCUCUGUCAUAUCAUCAAUGCAAGGAAUUCUGGGAGUCCGGAGUUACUUCCCUAGAAUGGGGCAGCAGUUUGAGAAUUUUAAUAAAAGAUUCCGUACUAGUUUUAGCCGAAAAUAUCCCCUAGAAGAAAAGAAUGAGCCUGGGAUUUACGCGGUGCAAGCCUAUGAUGCUAUGUGGACAAUAACUCAAGCAUUAAAUAAAAGCGAAGGUAAAAAGGAAAGCAAAGAGUUGUUGGAAAAAAUUUUGGAUGCAGACUUCCAUGGUUUAUCAGGUAAAGUUAUAUUCAAAAACCAGAUUGUCGCCCCGGCAGAAAUAUUUGAGAUCGUGAAUGUAAUAGGAAUGAGUUACAAUGAACUCGGUUAUUGGUCUAACGGAUUAGGAUUCUCGGAGACUAUCCAUGAAAAUGCUAUUUACAACUCGUCCAUGAUAGAUUUGGGGCAAGUGCUUUGGCCAGGGUGGCCUCGGUAUACUCCAAGAGGAUGGAGUGCAACGACAAGUGCUAAACCAUUGCGAAUCGGAGUGCCUUCCAGUUCAGGUUACAAAGAAUAUGUCAAAGUGGCAUAUAAUGAUCGCUUGGGAACGAACGUCUCUGGUUUUACAAUAGAAGUGUUCAAAGCUACUAUAGCAAGCUUGCCAUUCUCUUUGCCGUACGAGUUCCAUGACUUUAGCGGAAGUUACGAUGAACUGGUAGAGCAGAUUCAUCUAAAGAAAUUUGACGCAGUUGCUGGUGAUGUGGAAAUAGUUUCAAGCAGAUACCAAUAUGCAGAAUUUACUAGUCCAUAUACUGAAACAGGAUUGGUGUUGAUAGUCCCGGUCCGGCAAAAGCUUCAUAGCAAUCUAUCAAGGAUGUCAGGGGUGGUGUGGCUGUUUGUGGCACUAAUCAUCAUCCAGACUUACACGGCCAACCUCACAAGCAUGCUAACUGUACAGAGGCUAGAACCCACUAUACCAACCGUUGAAGCACUAAUAAAUAGCAAUGCAAUGGUUGGAUAUUGUACAGGUUCCUAUAUGGAAAGAUAUUUGGUGGAAGUUUUAGGUUUCAAGAGCCAAAACAUGAAGCAUUAUCGCUCAGCAGAAAGCUAUGCUGAAGGCUUCAAGAACAAGGAAAUUUCUGCUGCCUUUCUUGGAACUCCCUAUGCCAAGCUAUUCCUUGCAAGAUACUGCAAUAGCUUCAUCCAAAUUGGACAAACUUACAAAAUUGGAGGGUUUGGAUUUGCAUUUCCGCGUGGAUCUCCAUUACUUGCUAGCAUUAAUGAAGCUCUACUGAAUAUAUCAGAGAAUGGAACGCUACAAAAACUAGAGACGACAUGGAUUACACCGGAAACAUGCCCAGAGAAGCAAAGUGAAAGUUCUAGCCUUGGCCCAAAUGUCUUCCGAGUACUUUUCUUUAUAACUGGAGGCACAACAACAAUUGCCCUCGUCAUAUCCAUUUGUCGCACUAAUUUGUUAAGGCACAGAAACAUAUGGAGAAUUAUCUCAGCUAUAAUGAAACGUUGGUACUCUAUAAGGAGGCAGUUCGCUAGAAGAGUACACAACGCAGCAAUUCCUAGAAAUGCUCUUCCAGAGGCUCAAGACCCGGAGGGUCAAAUUUAG